AUGAAGGAGUCAAGCGGUAAAGCCCAUCGUCUCGUUUCUGGGCUCUCUCUGCUCUAUGGUCCUCACUCUUCGGUCAUAGCUGACACCUCACACGGGAGGAGCCGAGGAGGAAGGCGGCUAGGGACUGGGGAGUGGAGCGGCCGCCGCACGCGGACGGCGUGGAGGCGGCGCGGCGUUGCCGCUUGCCUGCGGCCUAUACGCCUGUGCCGCUCCCACUCGCUGUCGGGCUUUGCUGUCAUCUCCCUCUCCAGAUUCCUCCACCUUCGGCUGCCUCGCCGAAUGCUUCUCCCGGCAGUCGCGGCGGCGGCGGCGGCGCGCGCCGCCAGCCGCUUGGUCCCGGUCCCGGUCCGGCUCUCCGCCGCCCGGUGUAUAUCCUCGCUAAAGGUCCCGUGGAAGCGCGACCCCGCCCUCGACGCCGCCAUCGCCCGGGACCGCCGCUUCCGCCAAGCGUCCCGCCUCGUCCGCGAGGUGCUCCUCUCCCCGGGCCGCCGCCUCCUCUUCCGCUAUCUCACCAAGCGCCGCGAGCGCCUCAAGCUCCCCGUCCGCGUCCCCACGUUUCUCAGGCGCUACCCCACCCUCCUCGCCGUCUCCGCUCCCCCGGAGCCCGUCGCCUCGCCCUCCCCGCACCUCCUCGCUUUCCUCGACUUCGCCUCCCGCCUCUACGAGCUGCACGCCCCGCUCCUCGCCUCCAGGCUCGCCAAGCUCAUCAUGAUCUCCUCCACGCGUGCUCUGCCCGUCACCAAGAUAGCCGCCGCCAAGCGCGACUUCGGCAUCCCCGACGACUUCCUCGUCUCGCUGGUCCCGAGGUACCCCGGCCUCUUCCGCCUCGUCGGUGACCCCGGGCCUGACGCGUCCGGGAACGCGUUCCUCGAGUUGGUUGCUUGGGACGAUAGACUGGCCAAGUCGGUGAUCGAAGUUCAGGCUGACAAGGAGGCCGAUGUCGUCGGAAUUAGGCCGAGGCCAAACUUCACUGUUAAAUUGCCGAAGGGGUUCUACCUCAAGAAGAAAAUGAGGGAGUGGGUGAGGGAUUGGCUUGAGUUGCCAUAUAUCUCACCUUAUGCAGAUGCAUCCGGGCUGCAUCCGGCAUCUCCGGAAGCUGAGAAGCGAACCAUUGGCGUUUUACAUGAGGUGCUGUCCCUGACAGUACAGCGAAGGAUGGUGGUGCCAAUUAUUGGGAAAUUCUGUGCUGAGUAUAGGCUGCCCAAUGAAUUUGCUAAUGCAUUCACAAGGCACCCAGGCAUCUUCUAUGUAUCACUUAAGGGUGGCAUCAAGACAGCAGUAUUGAGGGAAGCCUAUGAUCAGAACGGGGUGCUUGUGGAUAGAGACCCAAUGCUUGAGCUGAAGGAGAGAUUUGUGGCAAUCAUGGAAGAGGGGCAUAAGCAGUAUUUAGAGGACUUGAAUAGGAAGAGAGAGGCACUGCAGAAAUACAGGGAGGAUGCAGGUUGCAAGGAUGCAAAAGCAGAGAUUGAGGAUCAGCUUGAGGAGGAAUGGCACAGUGAGGAUUCAGAAGGAGAUGAUGACACAGAUGAUGCUUAUGUGCAGUAG